AUGAACAAUGCACCCGCAGCCGUUGGGACAAGUCCCUUCAGCAACCUGGACAUCUGGUGCGACUGGACAGGAGACCCGAAUGAUGCAGUGGACGUCUCCAUCGCCAUCGAGGCCUGGUGUACCCCAAACAUCCGCCUGCCAGUCUUCAACAUCCACUCUCCGUACAUGAUAGGCGGACCAACAUUCUCCAUCGUCCCAAAGAAUAACCCAAAGAGCGAAAGCAAACGCACCGAUGCAGAUACAGGCGCACGCGCAGAUGGCGCUUCCGAUACCACGCGCCCAUUCACAGAUUCCCCAGUAACACCCACCCAUCCAGCCAAGCAAAAAGGCAAAGGCAAAGGCAAGAAAGCGGAAUCAGACUCCAAAUCCAGCUCCAAGUUUGACAGGCUCUUCGAUAGAGAUGGCGACAGUGGUGCAUUCUCCGGUGCAGAAAGCCUCAUUCUCAGUCCUGAAUUGCCAGAACUCACCAAACCGGUUGAUAUUGGCGUCCUCUAUACCCAGGCCAAUACAAGUCUCUCGGAUUUUUUGACACCCUCCAAGUUGCCAAAUUCACGUAAGCGUACGGCUAAAGCUGCUUCGCUUCCUGAUUCUAUUCCUGACGAGGAUCGUGAUGUGAGGUAUGAUGGUGAUGGUGAUGGACAUAGGCCUGUUAAGCCGGAACGAGCGUCGCCGAGACCUUCAGUGCCUUCGGUGGAUGUGUUUGUGGCUCAGGUUCCCAGUGAUAACAGCUACAAUAGUUCUCCCUCGCGUCUUCCUCGGCCUAUUCGCAUUCCUCGUCAGGCUAGUCUUGAUGAUAUUGGUGUCUUGCCUGAGAAUGUCCCGUUGCCAACUGAUUCGGCUCCUGUUUCUGCGGCGGAGUUUCGUCGGCAUGAGGGUGGUGCUCCAUUUCAGAGGCGGCCUUGGUUCUGGGAUGAGGUUUUGCCUAGAGAAGAUGCUCCUGAGGAAGAUGCUCAACAGGAUGAUGAAGAGGGUGUCUUCGAUGCGUGGGCCUCUCUUGGGCCUCAUGACAAGGACUACUCCACGCGCACUCCACUGGCUGACGAGAAAGAGCAAAAGCUAGAUGCCUUCUCCACUAUUGUUUCACCCGGAAACUCUUCACGUUUCGGUGGGAAGCAAGACAGCGCUGUUACUUAUGGAUCCGACGGCUCAUCCGGUCACGAAGAUGGGGAUGCCUACGGAGUCCCUUUGGCUCGACUGUUCACUCCACGAAUCUCACCCGUACCCGAUUCCAACGCAGGAGCCCAGCUCAUCAUAAUCGGCAAUCUUCUUUACGUGCAAACCUCUCUUACACUCUCGCCUGCCAUAUACCAGUUGUCAGUCACUGUUUCCCUCCAAGUGAGGCAGGGACAAAAGGAUUGGUGGGAGGUGGUUCUAACUGGACUGCCUCGACUUCGUCCCGAUGAGUAUGGAUAUCUGUAUUUCCGAACUCCUCUUGGCCAAGGAAUUGAAUUCCGCACCACUGGAUUCAAGCGAAAUAAGGUAGCUGAAAAUUACCUGAUUGCCCAGUUCAUGGUGACGCAGAGACUCGUCGUCCCGUUUCGAGUUUGCGACGCCCAGUUCUACGGUUUCCUCAAGGACUUCAAGGUCAACCAUCUCAUCCAGAGCGAAGUGAAGGAGAAUGAUAUUGAUCCAUUGUCCUACAUUGUCAGCUACCGUGCCAUGUGCUCCAUCGAAUUGAUUCAACGCGACUUUUGGGCGGAAAAGUGCAGCUUCAAUCUCUAUAUUCAUGGUGGCCCAGACGGCGUGUACACCGGCACUCUCCUACCGGAUCAAACAAGUCUCCAGACUAUUAAGCUAGAUACAUGUACCGAUAUGUGCGUUGGAAACUGUCAGGUCCGCGUCACAUGCCCCCGUUCGUGUCUGAGUAUGUUUAUGCUGGCCUGGGAAACCAGUUUGCCAUACCACGCAGCCGUCAGCUGGACGCCACAGAUCAAGACCACCUCGUUGGCCAAUGAGGCAGAGAUGAAACUUCAACUUGAGUUUGCUCAGAUUAAGCCCGAAAGCAGCGAGGUCGAGGAGGUCGAGGAGGCCAACCCUGUUAUCCAGGAUGUUGUGCCUCAUCGUGAGCCUGUGGUUAGAUUUGUCGAGCACAAGAAACCAAACUCAUCUCGUAUUGUGCAGGGCUUGUGGGUUAUAUGGGAUAUCACCUCGUUUAUUUUCCAGCUGAUCGUCAUUAUGGCAUCUCUCACUAUCAUUUACUCGUGCUCCCUGCGGAAAAGCCCUGGCUUCCUGUCUCCAAUCAGCGGCGGUUACACUCUUCACUGCCUACACCAACGGUCUUUCCCCGACAUACCGGCUGCUUCAGUGAAUUUCGCUCCUCAAGAAUGGCCAGUGAUGGAAACAUUACAGGUGGAAGACUUUAAGACAGAGUUCAUUGAGUCGGAGACAGUCGAUUCAAAGACUGUUCAGCCUGAGCCAACUCAGACAAAGACUGGGCCAACCAUCUCCUCUCUAUUGUCCAUGCGUGAUCGCGUGGACUAUCUCCUGGGAUGGAGAGGACCAAUUUGA